AUGAGUGGAAAGGCCGAUAAAAAGGGGAAAGCGGCUGUGCACUUCUGCAAAGCUGCAUGCGUCAUGGAACGCUUCAUCGCCGAGGCUGGGACCACGAGAAAUCGGCCUCAGCCGGAGAAUCGGGCUGUUCUCGACCCGUUGAAGCCUGAUCUCAAUGCAUGGCUCCAGAAGUACAUGAAGAGUGACUUCUUGCGCAAGCAUCCAGACCUGCAGGAUCUACAGCUCAUACUUCGUCGACAACUGAUGACAAAGAAUGCCGUCACGACUCGACGUCAGCUUCAAGAUGUGAGCAGUGGCUGA